AAUGGAGGAAGCUGCGCGGUUGUUGUUGUUCUCUCUCCCGGAGCUCUGCUGCCUCUUCACCGCGGUUUCCUGUUAGAAUGAGCGGAGCGGCGCGGCUACUGAACCAUGAACGCUUCCCUCUACAUCUCCUUCUUCCAGGGCCAGCUGGAGUCGGCGCUGGAGCAGGUGGUGCAGCUGGCCGUGCGGGAGAUCACGGGGACGGUGGGCGCCAGUCUGAGCUCCAUGCUGCUGGAGACCGCGCGGAUAGAGCAGGAGAACCAGCGGCUCAGAGCCUCCAUCCAGUCCCGCAGAGGCGCCGACGCGCAGCGGGGAGAGAACGGAGGAGUGGAGGCGGAGGACGGGCAGCGGGAGCGCGGGGAGCAGCGCGCCGGACACAGCGCCUCUCAGCCCGGGUCCCUCGCGGACUCGCUCCGCCUGGAACACAAGCGCAGAGCCGUGGGUCAGCUGAAGCUGGUGAUGGAGCGAGUGCUGGAGUUCGCCGUGUGUGAGCUCAGUAAGAUCGUGGAGUACAGCCUCGACGACGUUCUGCUGGAGCUCAGGAAGACCGAGCGUGAGCACGAGGAGCUGAAGCUGAAGCUCCACAGCGCCGGCGAGGAGAACGGCGCGAGCGACGCCGAGGUGAAGACGAGGAAGAGCCGGGCGAAGGGGAACGGGGUGGGUUCUCCCAGGAGCAGCACUGAUGGUGUGAGGGAGGAGGACCGAGGAGCGGAGCAGAACACUGAGGACUCGGCCCCCUCAGCAGUGAUGAGUGUAUCUCAGGACUGGGUCCCGGUGUUGAAUAAAGUAUUUGGACAGUCCUGGUGCGGAGACGUUUGGCCCCUUAGAGAAGCAGUGGAGAUUAAAACUGAGCGCGUGCGACUCUCCUCUGAGGGUUCCAUCCUGGAGGAAACAACUCCACAGAGGAACCACGACGACCAAUCGGAUCAGCCGCAGUGGCUCGGCGACACCGAAAUGGCCGGGAACUUCGACCCCCCGCCGACGCCCGUCAGCAGCACGACAGGUGAGGACGGGCAGCUGAAAUCUCCGUCCAUGCUCCACCGCCUCCUCACGCUCCCGACUCGGCUGCUGGACGGUGACGACGACUCCAUGGAGUCUGAGGACAGUCUGAUCAACGCCGUGAUCUCCAGCCACGUGGCUCAGACCGCGCGGCGCGAGGGGGCGGAGGACGGCGAGGGCCGAGACGCGGAGGAGCCGGACGCGGAGGAGACGGUCAAACCGAAGUCGCACAAAAGCGGGAAGAAAGUUCACGCCUGUAAAACCUGCGGCGAGAAAUUCGGCCGCGCCCAUCAGCUCAAAACUCACCGGCAGACGCACAAAGAGGCGGGGCGCUCGUACGAGAAGGUCCACGCCCGCGUCCGGACCGGCUCGGGGAGCGCCACGUGAGCUGGAGGGACGGAGGGACGGUGAGGCUGAGGAGAGACGAUGACGUGGUGAUGUUAUUUGGCCGUCCCUCCCUCAGGACCGCGAGGACGGUGACGGUGACUGAAGCUCUUUGAUGUCGAGGUUUUCGGCGGGUCUGAAGUGGACGAGCCCAAAGGUACUAGAACAUCGAACAUCACGAUUUGUCGUCUGUUCCGUAACAUCACACGGAUCCCGAUGAGCGCCGGAGCUUCUGCGUUCGCUUCUCUGUGCCACGCCCAUCACGUACACGGAUUCACACGUCCGGCGGAUGGUCAGUGAAGUGCUCGGCGCCCGUGCGGGAGUUCAUCAUUUCAUCGUCCAUCUUUUGUACUGAACAGAAACCAAAACUGCAAAAACGACAUUUUAAGAUUGAAUGACUUACGGGACCAAGAGGCGCUCGUCACGCACCCCUCACUCACCACUGACCCCAAACUCACCCCAAAACAAUAAACUCUCCUGAAUCUCCUGGUUUAGGAUCAUAAAACCACGUCAGCUUUCAAAUAAACGUUUAACAGAAAUAAUCAGAUCAGCAUCAGAACGGAUCAGAACCGUGCGGCGCCGGGGACCGAAACCAGAUCUUAUUAAAUCUUCUAAAAUCCUGUCAACAGUUUCAUUAAAACAAAAAUAAUCAGGUUUAAUCUGAAGACGACGUCGGUGGAUUAAAGCUUUGAUUCCAUUCAAACAAUAUUUAGGGUCCAAACACAGACAGUUAGGACUUUAAUAAAACGAAGCACAGAACAAACCGUAGCUCAUACAAACACCAGACUCACUCAGCAGGUAGAAGUUUUCCUCACCACUCGGGCACUCGGUCCAACUGGCCUCAUGGUGGCGCUAUAGCGAAGCAGGGUUUGUAUCUGCUACCCUGUAUAACAUAGAGACAAAUUCUCAUUCUCCCUGAUCACUCGUCUCACAUCCUCGACCCCAAGACAAGUACAGACGCUUUAUCAUGGAAAUAUUUGCUUUAAAGCUUUAAUCAUUCAGAUUUAAAAAAGGGCAGACAUAAGCCCUCUCUAAUAUUAUUAUUAUUUAUUAUUAUAACUAUUAUUAUUAGUAGUAGUUUAUAGUUGCACAGUAAAAUCAGGACACGUGAUUUCUGUUCUCAGAACUUUAGAACCACGUGAUUGUGAGCAUUAACAUCAGUAGCACUUAUAUUUCCAGGUGCUGUAUCCUAAAUCACAUUUUGCACUAAUAAAUACCAUCAGUGCACUUCUAACUAGUCUGUGUGUGUGUGUGUGUGUGUGUGUGUGGAGGGUGAAUUGGGACACAGCCCCUUCUUUAAAAAACAGCUUUUGUACCCCACGGUUCGAGAACUCGGAUGUUCUGU